AUGUUGUUUCUUUUCCCUCCCGAAACAUCCUGGUCUUUGCUUACUUCUUUCCCUUUCGAAUUCGCUCCAUUCCAUAAUCUUAUGCAGCAUGGACACCGCCUUGCCUUGUCUUUAGCUGGCGACGGAGGGCGGCAAAUUUAUGACGAGCAUGAUGGUCGAUGUGCUGAUGGACUCUGGUCGGCCGAUUAUCAUAGAGAUGCCUUGGUUAACAUGCAGCAUGCGGCCUUCCUUGAAAUAGCCUUCCAUAACAUGCUUGGAUGGAUGCUCUUGUUCGUUUUUUCUUAUCUCUUUCCUUUUGGCUUUAAUGCCACCAAUGCCGAAAGCUACCAUGGUUUAUACACCAUUGCUUGCCUUGACGGCUUCAUGGAAGCCAUAUCGUGA